AUGCAAAGGGGCUCCGGGGAGCCGGGCGAGGGGGGCGCUUGCACUUGGGAACAAGGACCGGUGUCAACCCCUGCCCGAGGCAUAGCCGAGAGGUCCAGCACGUACCGCUACAAGGGCUUCGAUGUCACAGUGAAGUACACACAAGGGAGCUGGACAGGCUUCAUGGGGGAGGAUGUUGUCACCAUCCCAAAAGGCUUCAACAGUUCUUUCGUCGUCAAUGUCGCCACUAUUUUUGAAUCAGAGAAUUUCUUUUUGCCUGGGAUUAAAUGGAAUGGAAUACUUGGACUGGCUUAUGCUACCCUAGCCAAGCCAUCAAGUUCUCUGGAGACGUUCUUUGACUCCCUUGUGAUGCAAGCAAAGAUCCCCGACGUUUUCUCCAUGCAGAUGUGUGGAGCAGGAUUGCCAGUGGCUGGAUCUGGUACCAACGGAGGUAGUCUUGUCUUGGGUGGAAUUGAACCAAGUUUGUACAAGGGAGACAUCUGGUAUACACCUAUUAAGGAGGAGUGGUAUUACCAGAUAGAAAUUCUGAAAUUGGAAAUUGGAGGCCAAAACCUUAACCUGGACUGCAGAGAGUAUAACGCGGACAAGGCCAUUGUGGACAGUGGAACGACCCUCCUGCGGCUGCCCCAGAAGGUGUUUGAUGCAGUGGUGGAAGCUGUGGCCCACGCGUCUCUGAUUCCAGAAUUCUCUGACGGCUUCUGGACUGGGUCCCAGCUGGCUUGCUGGACUAAUUCUGAGACACCUUGGUCUUAUUUUCCUAAAAUUUCCAUCUACUUGAGAGAGGAGAACUCCAGCAUAUCGUUCCGCAUAACUAUCCUGCCUCAGGCUGACGUGAAGACACUGUCUAUUGUAGAAUUGGCCUUCGAGCAUGAAUUCAGGAUGAUCCCUCCACGGAAACUCUCUGCUGUGGCCCUGCCAUCCCGGUGUGAGGCAUCUGGCCGGCACCCUCUGUGCAUGGCCCUCCACCACGUGGUUCACACCUACGACAUAGCCAGCAACUGCGUCCCCACCCUCCCUCUGAAGGAGCCCAUUCUCUGGAUCGUCUCUUGUUCGCUCAUGGGCGUGUGUGGAAUCAUCCUUCUCAUCUUAAUCAUCCUGCUGCUACUUCCGUUCCGGUGUCAGCAUCGCCCCUGCCACCCCGAGGUCGUCAAUGACGAGUCCUCUCUCGUGCGGCAUCGCUGGAAAUGA